GCAAAUAUAAUGUGCUGCAGCAGUAAAAGAUGCGUUUAAAGGUGUGUGUGGAGGAGGGCUAAUCCACACAGUCGAGACUGCAAUGUGCAGGAUCCAGCUGAGUCGCUGGUGCUGGAAGGAGCAGCCGCCUCCGCCCGGGGAUAAUGGAGCUUCAUGGGAGCAGAGAGAUAAGAAAGAUGGUGGAUAAAGGGACAGCGACCGCGACGGCUGCAAGGGGGGACAAUAAUAACAACAAGCAUCACGACAAACACGUGGAUAACUAAACAUGCCGGGGAGGCGUCUGCCGGAGGCAAGUGAAGAGGGAUCUUCGGGACAGUCGCCGCCUCUACCAGCCGCUGCCUGCGUUUGUCCCCCCACCCCCCCCUCUCCCGGAGGCAAUAAAGCCGAGCGACUGGGAUAGGGAAAAGGAGCAAGCAAGCCUGCUAGAAAAAAAGACUUCUCCCAGCAAACAGACACCCUGCCUCCAUAAGCUCCUAAUCGCCAGUGAAGACAGCCAGCAGAACACGGGAGAAGUGCGCUGUGUUGAUAUUUCCCACUCGCCAUCGUGACCCCUUAGCUGCUGUGUUGGACCACAGAGAGGCUACAAACUACGGAGAGCCCGCUGGGACAGUUCAUCGGGUCAAAAUGAGAGGGAUCGUGGAUUUCUCAGGUAAGAGACGCAGGCUGCUCAUAGAAAUGUUGGCUGAAGAAAUAUCGCCGAAGCUUCUUCGGGCGCCCCAAGUUGCCAGUGGAUUACUUUGCAACUCCAGAGCUCAGUCAUUGGAGGACGGCCACACGUGACUACGGCACCCUUCUGUUCCAGGAUGAACCCGGAUGAUCAGUUUCAGAGCCCACCGGAGCCUCUGGUUCACUGCCAUGCCAAGGGCAAGCUGGACGUCAAGAGUAGGAGCUGCAGUCUACUCGCCAUCUGCCGCUCUGGAGUAAUUUUUCCCUGGAUGAAUCCACGCACAACUGACUCUGAACAAUCUGUCAGCAGAGGUGGGCUACGAGGCAGAGGAAAGCCUGGCGUGAGGAGAGAGAGAACGGCCUUCACCAACAGCCAGCUGCUGGAGCUGGAAAAGGAGUUCCACUUCAGCCCUUACCUGUGUCGUCCUCGGAGGCUGGAGAUGGCCGCCGGGCUGCAGCUCACCGAUCGCCAGGUCAAGAUCUGGUUUCAGAACCGCAGGAUGAGGUACAAGAAGGAGCAUAAGUAUGGAAAGGUGGUAGGUGUGUCCCAGUGGUCUCCCUGCAAUCCCUCCUCCAGCUCCAGUUUGUGUGCAGACCACCUGAGGUUCCCAGGUGCAUGCGGUGUUAGAACUGCUUCCUCCUCUUCCUCAGACCUGCCCUUCAUGGAUUAUGCUCCCAUGCCCUCCUCUCUCUUUGGCUCUUACAGUGAUGGUAGCAGUGGUCAGUGUAUUCACCCCACAGACCUGCCCCAUCUGAGUUCCAUACUUUCAUCUGUCGCAAAUGGUCCCCGGCCCUCCUGUGCGGGCGUAGAUAGUCAUCACCAUGCUGGCAUUUCAAACUGGCCCUAGGGCCCCAUAAUGGCCAUCCCUCCUGUGCUCAUCAAAAUCUCAAUGAUACAUCCACUUUCGCUUACUUAUGAAAGACUGGAGGAUGUCUGAUUAGCAUCCCAGAGCUGAAAUCCCCUUAACACACCCUUUCACCAUUCAUGAAGCAUUUUAAUUAAACUAUAUGAACAUAUCUUAAUUAAAGGAGAGCUACAGUGAUAUCGUUUGUGUUUCUCAGGCACAGUGACUGAAGACUGCUGGCCUUCAAACUUGCUGCUCAUGCUGUGCGUACACAGCAUGCACAAGACGGAUUUUUUGCUGUAAUUUUGUGGCUGUUACAUUUGUAUUGUCGUAGCAUGUUUAAUGCAUGUGGGAAUCAUACUAUGAAUGAGUUUUCUAUUUCCCUCUGUUGGCAGAUAUUAGCUAAGUGGUUGUCAUAUUUUGUCACAUUAGGCCUCUUUUUCAUUAUGUAAAUAGUCGGUCAUUUGUGUAAAAUGUUUUAACUGUGAAAUGGACAGAAUAAUGUUCAAAUCGAAUGAUGUUAUAUUUUUGUUAAAGCCAUUAAAGGCCACGCCAAGUCUUUGAUACUGUUCUUGAUUA